AUGUCUUCCUCUGGCUUCACCCCCCAACUGCCUUGCGGUGCCAUGUCCGCCGCCUCGCAUCCAGUGAUUGACUUCCACUCGAACCCAGAGGGUACCCGCGAGCACGGCAGAUCACCUGGCGUUCUCUGCCCUAAUUGCCGCCUGGAUGGACAUGAGAUCUGGGUGAUUCCCGGCCGGAACUGUAGAGUCUGCAACACCGCGUGCGACGUCGACCUGCCGCACCCCGACCGCUCUCCUCACCACUUCUGA